CAAAACGACUUUAUCAGCUGGCUGUAUCCACAUCGGACCGAGAGAAAGAGCGAAAAAACAUGUGAAUCCACCACGGCAUUAUUGAUCGAGUCGGCACAAAACUAUUCGCUAAUAUGUAUGUUUCAAUAGUUUAUUCGCCGAUGGAAAUUUUAUUCUCUAAUUUUUUAUUAUUCAUUUCAAAUGUAAUUGAUUUACGGUCCCUGUGGAGUGGACUACGGUGCAGUUCUACUAGUUCAAAAUCGAAGAUUGUGAAUGGAAGAUGUCAAAUCGUGCAAUAUGUGUGUGAUACCGCGAUAGCAAAAACACUGUGCAAUGUUCGCCCAAACAGGGAAAGCGGACAAUUGAACUGCAUAAACGGUUAGUGGCCGUUGUUCCAGAAGAAAGAUAGUCACAACCGUGGCAGAAGAAAGUAAACUUUUGCCGAUUGCAAUGACCAACACGCACCGAUGAGCGACGAUAGGGGUGGCCCUCCGCAGUGCUUUGGAGUGGCCAAACGCUGUGACCGGUAAUGGCAGUUCAACUGGACGCGCAUACUUCAGUUUAGCAGUUGCGAUUCUAGGCAAUCGAAGCAUGAAGUGGACUUCUCCCGGCGUAAAAAGUGGAAAGUGAACUUUAGGAAUAGUGCAAGUGAAUUUUCGACAAUAUAGAGAGUUGAAUUUAAAUAGUGUGAUAUAAUAUGUGAUACUGGGAUACAAAUUAGAGUUAUUUUCAAGAGGAAGUUGACGCGAUCCAAACAGAGGAAACUCUUAUCACUAUUAUUCGAAUGAUACGUAAUUGCGCGAAAUGUUCUACUGCUAAAUGGCACAUGGUACUAUUACAGAGAUGAUUGAUAGCGUUAGUGAAUAUACAUCAAAAAGACUGAUAAUACUUAUCGCAGCCGCUUUACACUUUGCCCACAUCACCCAUGCCGGUCCGGUGAUAAUACGCCAGCCGCGAAGUGAUUUCACCGUUGGCACGUGCACAUGGGUAGUCGAACGGCCAUGCCCCGAUCAAGACAUAAAGUUCUAUCUGUUCACACGGUCCAACCCGGAAGAUCGCCAGUACGUCCACAUCGACGAAACGUUGGAGAAAUCGAAUCUCAGCACAUCGUACUUCAACCCGUCGCUCCCCACGAAAGUAAUCAUCCACGGAUACAAUGGGGACAUGUUCCUUGAACCACUGAUCAAAAUGAAAGGAGAGUAUCUCAACCGAGGAAGCUACAAUCUUUUCUACGUGGAUUGGAGUGUUCUUGGACCGGGUCCUUGCUACCCUUCUGCAGUACACAAUACAAAACACGUUGGAACCUGCAUUGCUCAACUAGUUCAACGAAUACUGGACACUGGUACAGACAAUGUCCACCUAAUAGGAUUCUCUCUAGGAGCCCAAGUAACCAACUAUGCGGCAGUAAAACUGCGUCCAUUCAAACUAAGGCGAAUAAGUGGUCUGGAUCCAGCGAUGCCCUUGUUCAUCACAGCAGACAAAGAUGACAAACUAGACGAGUCGGAUGCAAACUUUGUAGAUGUUAUCCAUACAAAUGCGUUGGUGCAGGGUAAAAUCGAACGUUGUGGUCAUGUCGACUUUUAUAUGAAUGGAGGAAUCAUUCAGCCUGGAUGUUGGGCUGGUGGACAAAAUCCCAUGGCUUGCAGUCAUCACAGGGCACCGGACUAUUUUGCGGAAUCCAUCAGAAGUCUUACCGGUUUCUGGGGCUGGAAGUGUGAGAGCUAUGUCUACUAUCUGCUUGGAUUUUGUCCGCACAAUAACUUCCAAGUGGUGGCUGGCGAAGACUGCAAUCAGGCAACCGAAGGAAUGUUCAUGAUCACUACAAAUGCAGAUUCACCAUUUGCUAUCGGCCGAUGGACAGAUUCCAUGGGUUUGCUGAAAACUCCCAAUCCACUUAAUAAAUUCAGCCUUAAGCGUGAUCCAUUCAUCAGUGAUAUCGAUCAAUGGGGUAAACUGGAAGGAAAUUUCAACAACGUAGAGCAAUUUCCUACACCAUACUCCCAGGAUCCGAAUGGAGAUGAUUGGCCCUAUUUUAAUCAUAUUGGAACAAACAAACUCACCAAAGAUUACAUUAAGAAAAUAUUGGAACAGGAUAAGGACAGGUACGAUGAGACCACCGAAGACAGUGCUGAAGCGCACUUGAAUCUGUUGAAGCACGCUGGUAUGAGUAAUGCCAUCAAUCAAAAGGAGGGACUGAGUGACUUGAGAAGACGGCUUCAACUGAAAGAAGCCAGUGUAGUGGAACAGUACUCGUUGCCAAUGUACACUCCAUACUAGGACCGUUGUUAACACGUUACAAUAAACUUGUUAAAA